AUGGAGAGAAAAGGAAGAAAGCAAACAAACGAUUCUCCUCUUAAGGAUUAUGAUGAUGACACCUCUGAAUAUAGUAUGAAUUUAUUGAACCAUCCAAACAGCGAUGUAUUAGUAAGUCCUAUUAAAGUUGUAGAUCAUGAUUUUAAUAAUUUUAUUAAGAAUGGAUGUUUAGAUUAUUCAGUGGGUUCUUCCUUAGAUAUAAAUAGUAGUAAUAUAACAAGGUUUAAAAAUAAGGACCAACAAAAAAGAAACAACUUGAAAAAGGGGGGUCAUAAUGAUGACCAUGAAGAUGAUGAUAAUAAAAAUGAUGAUGAUAAUAAUAAUAGUGUCGAUGAGAAGAUAAAGAAAAAUACCGUAUUAGUAAAUAAAGAGAGAAAAAAUAAAAAUAUAAAUAUUAAUAUAAAUGAUAAUGUAAAUGAUAAUGUAAAUGAUAAUGUAAAUAAUAAUGUAAAUAAUAAUAAUCCUUAUGGUAGUAGAGUUAUUCAAAAAGGAAAGCAUAUGGAAAGGGACAAUAAAAAUGAAUCUUAUGAUAAAGAAGGAAUAAAAGAUAAUAAUCAUAUGAAUAAUAUGCAAAGUAUAAUACCUGUUGAUGAUUCCAUUAUGACCCCUAAUAAACAUAAUAAUUUGAAUUCUGAUUUAUUAUUAAAACAUAAGGACCCAUCAUCAUAUAAUAUGAAUAUGAAUAGAUACAGUGAAUCUAAUUUAAAACAAACAGAUCUAUCAAUAUCUCAUGAUUAUUUAAACAAUAGUGUACUAUCAAGUAUUGGUUUAUAUAAAGAAAAUGAUUUGUGUUUUAUUAAAUAUAUAAUUGUAUGUAAUUUUAAAAGUUAUGAAAAUGAAAAUAUUAUAGGUCCUUUUUCAAAAUUUACAUCUAUUAUUGGUCCUAAUGGAUCUGGAAAAUCAAAUAUUAUGGAUUGUAUAUGCUUUGCGUUAGGAAUAAAUAAUAAAUAUUUACGUGUGAAGAAUUUAAGAAAUUUAAUUUAUCAUAAAGAGAAUGAGAAUAUAGAAGAAAUACAUAAAAGAAUAUGUUAUGUGAAAAUAAUUCUAGAAUGUAAUAAAGAAAAUGUCGAAAUAAAAAGAACAUUAAAUUAUAAAGGUGUUAGUAAUUUUUAUAUAAAUGAUAAAUUUGUUGAUCAAAAAGAAUAUAUGAAUUUUUUAAGAAAAAAUCGAAUUGAAACUAAAACCAAAACGUGUUUAAUUUUUCAAGGGGAUAUUGAAGAUAUUAUUAAUAAAAAACCAAAUGAACUAGCCAAAUUAUUUGAAUAUAUUAGUGGUUCAGAUGAAUAUGAACAAAUAUAUGAAGAUAUAAAAGAAAAAUUAAAAGAGAAACAAAUUAAUUGUAAAAAUUAUUUAAAUGAAAAGAAAAAAAUCGAACAAGAAAUUAAAAUACAUAAAAUACAAAUGAAUGAUAAUAUACAACAUAAUCAACUUAAAGAAAAUUAUGAAUCUCAUAUUAAAUUAUAUUAUCUAUUUAAAUUAUAUCAUUAUUUUAAAAAAAAAGAAAAAUUUAAAGAAGAUCUACUUUUUUAUAAAGAAGAAAAAUUACAAUUUGAACAAGACAUUCUAAAUAAAAAUAAAAAAAAAGCAAAUGAAUUAGAAAAAAAUAAUCUAAUUAAAAAAAAAGAAUCCAUAAAAAUCGAAGAACAAAUAAAAACUCAUUAUAUACAACUUAAUCAAUUCACAAUAUUAUUAAACGAAAUAUCAGAAAAAAAAAAAUUCUGUAACGAUUCAUUACAAAAAUUUGUAUCAAAUAAAAAAAUUAAAACAAAUAUGCAAGAACAUUGUAACAGGUUUAUAGAAAAUCUAAAUCUACAAAUAAAAGAGCAAAAUAAAAAACUAGAAAAUGAAUAUAAAAGUAAAUUAAAAAUUAAUAUCAAAUUCUUUUCACAAUAUGAAAGCAUACAAAAUAUUAUCAAGACAAAAAUUGAGGAACAUAAAAUGAUGAUAUCAAAUGGGGGUGAAAAAGGGGAUAAUAAAUCCAACCUAUAUUUGAAUAAUGAAAAUGUAAAAAAAAAUGAUAAAAAAGGAAAAAGGGAUAAAAAAAAAAAAAACAUAAACAUAAAUAGUGAUAAUAUAAAUAAAGAUAAUAUAAACAAAGAUAUUAUAAAUGAUGAUAAUAUAAACAAAGAUAUUAUAAAUGAUGAUAAUAUAAAUCAGGAUAAUAUCAAUAUGUCCAAUUCAGAUAAUUCCAAUAAUUAUGAUAUGAUAGAAUAUUAUACAAAUAUGCUAAAUUUUUUAAAAGAUGAAAAAAUAUUAAACAAAAUACAUAUCGAUAGCACAAAUAAUUAUGAAUGUCCAUAUGAGAAUUAUAAUAUUAUCGAAUUUAUAGAAAAUCUGGAUGAAUAUAAAGAAUGUAAAGAGACAUAUUUAUAUUUAUGUGCAAACAGCAAUAUUAAUAUAAAUAAUUAUACUAAUUUAUCAUGUUCUUUAAAAAAAGAUAUUAAAGAAUUACAAGAAGAAUGUGAUACAUUAAAUAGGAAGAAACAAAAAGAAUUAUUAGAAUAUGAAUCUGAAAAAUUAGCAUAUGAUCAAUUAAAUGAUCGUAUAUAUAAAUUAAAUAAUAUAAUAAAACAACAAGAUAAUAAUAUACAAAAUAAUAAAAUGAAAAUUAAAAUAUGGAAUGAUACUAUCCUACACAAUGAAAAACAAAUAGAACUAUUAGAAGAACAAACUAAUAUUUUAAAUGUUCAUAAGAAUGAAUUAAUAGCAUUUGAAAAAAAAAGAGAUAUUAUAAAAAAUCUACAAAAUAUAUUUGGACAGGAUCAAGUAUAUGAUGAAGUUAGUAAUUUAUAUCAAGUAAACAAUCAAAUAUAUUAUACUGCUCUAAAUAAUAUUAUAAACAAAUAUAAUAACUUUCUGGUUGUCAAAAAUAUUGAUAUAGGUAUGAAAUGCAUAAAAUAUCUGAAGGAAAAUAAAUUACAAAGAAUGGAUUUUAUACCUUAUGAAAAUUUUGUAUCAAAUUUGAAAAAAAAAAAAAAAAAUAAAAAUAAUAUAGCAGAAGAUAAUUACACAAGAAGGGAUGAAAAACAACAGCAUAUACAAAAUCAUCAGAUUCAUUAUUAUGAUAAUGAUAAUGAUGAAUAUCUUUAUGAUCAUUCUCAUAACACAGAACAUGAUACAUAUAUUGAUAAGAAUACCACAAAUAUAUCUUCCUUUAAUAAUGUAGAAAAGGUUAUUAAUACAUUUAAAAAGAAAAAUAUAAUUCUUGCAAAUAAUUGUCUUGUAUGUGAUCAGAAAUAUAAAAUAAUGUUUGAUUAUUUAAUAGGAGAAGAUACAUUAAUUGUAGAUAAAAUAAAAGAUGCUGAAGAUAUAAAAAAUAAGUUUCCAUAUAUAAAUAUUAAUAUGGUCACAUUAAAUGGACAUGUUAUUUCUAAAAAUAAUAAUUUAAUUAUUGAUAUUACAAAUAAAUAUUCUGAUAUAGAGAAAUUCAAUAAUAAAAGAUUAAAUAUAAAUUUAUAUAAUAAAUUAAUAAAUGAGAAAGAAGAAUGUUUAAAUAAUAUCAAUGAUUGUAAUCGAAAUAUUAUUCAAACUAAUGAACUUAUAAAUAAAGAACAAAGUGAAUAUGAAUUAAAUAAGAAAAAAAUCUCAAGUAUAUUAAUUAAAAAAAAUAUUUUUGAAAACGAAAUUGAAGCUAAAAAUAAAGUUAUGGAACAUUAUGAACAAAAAAUAGAUAAAUUAAAAAAUAUAGAUUUAAAAAAAAAAUUAGAAUUAUUAGAUUCAUAUGAAAAAGAAUUAUUUAAAGAAAGGAAUAGUCUUUCAUUAUAUCAAAAAGAUGCUUUUAAAAAUUUAAAUGAAAAAUUUAAAAUAGAUAAUAUUUAUGAAAUUAUAGAACACAAUUUAAGAGAUAUGGACAAAAUUGAUGAACAUAUUAAUCGCAUAAAAAAUAAUAUAAAAAAAUUAAAUGAUGAUAUUAAUGAAUUAUUAGAUAAAAAAAAUGAAAUUAACUUUUUACAAAAAAAUGAACAAUCAAUAAAUGAAGAUAAUAUUAAAAAAGAAUUAAUAUCACUUGAAAAACAAGAAAAAGAUUCAAAUCAACAAAUUCAUAAUAUAAAUAAAAUAUUACAAAAUUUAGAAGCAGAAAAAAUUAAUAUUCAGAAAAAUCUAAAUAAUCUUAAUCAAGAAUUAAAUCAACUUCGGGAUAAUAUAAAUAUUAAUUUUGAAAAAUAUGAACAUAUAGAAAAUAAAAUUGAAAAUUCUCAAAAAAAAAUACAAAUAUAUACACAAUUUAUAAAUGAUCUAAUAAAUGAAUGUGAUAUAAAUAGUGUCAAUAUUUUCUUAACAAAUAAUCUUCUAAAAGAUAUUGAUGACAAAACAACUGAUAUGCAACAAUAUACACAAAAAAAUAAAAAUAAAAAAAAUAAAAAUAAAAAAAACAAAAAAAAUAAUAAGAAUCAUAUGUCUAGUGAUCCACACCAAAAAAGAAAAAGCAAACUACUAGAAAGUAGUGACAGUGAACAAGAAGAUAAUACAUCUAAUACAAGUAAUACUUCAUGUAAUAAUUCAGAAGAUGAAAAUGAUAUACUUGAACAAAAUGAAGAAAAACAAAAUAACAUACUCCUAUCAAAUAUAUCAUUCGAUCUUUUAUCAGAUGAAUUAAAAAAUAUGGAAAAUGAUAAAGAUAUAAACAAUGAAAAAGAAAAUAUGGAAAAAGAAAUUGAAAGAAAAAAAAAACUAUUAAAAUUAAAAAAUGUUAAUUGUAAUGCUGAAAAAGAAUAUGAAAAAUUAACAUCCAAAUUAAAAUCAAUUGAUGCAUCUCUUUCUGAAGAAAGAAAAGAAUGUAAUUUAUUUGAACGUAAUUUUAGAAUAUUACAAAAAAAAAGAUCUUACAAAUUCUUACAUUGUUUUAAUUAUAUUAAAAAUAUUAUAGAUAAUGUAUAUAAUAAUUUAACAUAUAAUGCUAAACAUCAUGUAGGUGGACAAGCUUUUUUAGACUUAUGUAAUUUUAAUGAAUUUAAUAAAAAUGAUGAACCUUUCUAUUGUGGUAUCAAAUAUAAUAAUAUGCCUCCUAUGAAAAGAUAUUUUGAAAUAUCUGAAUUAAGUGGAGGUGAAAAAAGUAUUAGUGCAUUAGCAUUAAUUUUUUCAAUCCAAAAAUAUAUUAAUAACUCAUUUAUUAUACUUGAUGAAGUUGAUGCAAAUAUGGACCCUCUCAAAAUUCAUUCUCUAACAAGAUAUCUAAAUUCAAUUAAUAGUCAAGUUAUUGUUAUUUCAUUGAAGGAAAAAUUCUUUAGUAAAAGUCAAUCCCUAAUCGGAGUAUACAAAAAUAAACAUAAAAAAUGUUCAAAAACAAUUACUUUGGAUAUAAGUAAAUAUAGACAGGAUCUAACAAACAAUUGA